AUGGUGAAUCGUCAUCCAAUUACUCUGGGUCAUGGUGUCAACGGUUUUUGUGGGGCGUUUCAGGGGUCAUCUCGUGAUGGUUUUCCUAAGGUCCCAGAUGAAUUUUGUGACUUUAGUAACUUUAGUGCUCUUAGUGAAUAG